GUUAGAAACUUUAUUAGUCAGUAAUUAACUGUUAAAGGUACUCGUGCACACGGUCCAACUGGUGGGAAGCGCCUACCAGAUCGAUGAAUAUCAGAACAAAAAUGCGGUCACCUACCCUGUGCGUUAGUUCGAGGUCUCAGUUAUGUGGUAUAGCAGCCGUUCCACCCCUCACACCGCUUAUCGCUAGCGACAACAACAGGUGAGACGGGACGGCACAGGACCUAUCCGAACGGUUUGUCUGUGUGCCAGUGUGUGCCUGCUACGGCAAUUACUUACCGUCUGUUGGGUCGUCGGUUCGCCUGCAUUAGACGCCAGUAUAACAAACCCCUUCGAUCACUGAACAACAACAUAAAACUUGAUAAAACUAACCAUGAACAAUACAAAUAUUGUACAUUAUUAUAAUCAUCGACGGUUGUUCAAUAGUCAUUUGCACGAACAAAGAUGAGUCCACGAUAUUACAUAACUUGGUAACUCUGUUGCGGAGCAUGGAACGCCAUGACGUGCCGUGACGCACCGUGACGCACCGUGACGCGACCCUCUCCGUGUCACAGCAGGGCACCGUUGUACGGCACGAGGGAGCUUCUCGAGUAUGCCCUAAGAGUGGUGGGUGACCCCAGCCGGUGCGUGGUGCUCGCGCGGUGCAGCCAGUAGCAUCAGCGGAGGCCUGCACUGCGCACGCGCCACUCUCGGAACGCAUUUCGCUAAUACUAGACUCCGUUAUACAACAGUCGUGUGUGUAGAUCGCUGCUGCUCACUAACUUUACUACUUUCCCAGCUAGGAUGGCAUCGUGCGACUGCCCGAUGUCGCAGCCGGGUCCGACCCUGGCGGCGACCUGCGGCGGAGGGGCCUUCAUGCUGUUCAUGGGACUGCUGGAGGUGUUUCUGCGCAGCCAGUGCGACCUAGAGGACCCUUGUGGACGGACACAGUACCGUAGUGACAUGGAGUCCGUGUACGACUUCAUAGUGGUGGGGGGCGGGUCCGCGGGGUCCGUGGUGGCGGCGCGCCUCGCCGAGGUGCCACACUGGAGGGUGCUGCUGCUCGAAGCAGGUUUCGACGAGCCGACCGGUGCCCAGGUCCCAUCAAUGUUCCUGAACUUCAUCGGCUCCAGCAUCGACUGGGGCUACCACACUGAGCCCGAGCCCGCCGCCUGUCUCGCGGAAAAAGACAGGAAGUGCUAUUGGCCCAGAGGAAAGGUCUUAGGAGGAACGUCAGUAAUGAAUGGAAUGAUGUAUAUUCGAGGAUCCCAUAAAGACUAUGACGACUGGGCUGCACUCGGCAACGAAGGCUGGUCGUACGAGGACGUGCUCCCGUACUUCCUCAAGUCAGAGGACAACAAGCAGGUCGAAGAGAUGGACACUGGGUAUCACGGAGUCGGUGGACCGCUCACUGUCUCGCAGUUCCCUUACCACCCCCCACUCAGCUACAGUUUGGUCAACGCUGGAGAAGAAUUAGGGUACCGGGUGCGCGACCUCAACGGCGAGCAGCAGGCCGGGUUCGCGAUCGCGCAGACCACCAACAGGAACGGGUCGCGGCUGAGUGCGGCGCGCGCCUUCCUGCGCCCCGCCCGCCGCCGCCGCAACCUGCACGUCAUGCUCAACACCACCGUCACCAGAGUGCUCAUAGACCAGACCACGAGGCAGGCCUACGCCGUCAAACUCAGGGACUCCCGCGGAGGAACUCAGCUCGUCUAUGCGAAUAACGAAAUCAUCUUAAGCGGCGGCGCCAUCGGGUCGCCGCAGCUGCUGCAGCUGAGCGGCGUGGGCGAGCCGGGCGUGCUGCGGCGCGCGGGCGUGGCGCCGGUGCACGCGCUGCCCGCCGUGGGCCGCAACCUGCACAACCACGUCGCGCACUUCCUCACCUUCCGCAUCAACGACAACAACACCGCGCCACUCAACUGGGCCACCGCCAUGGAGUAUCUGCUCUUCAGAGACGGCCUCAUGUCUGGCACCGGUAUCUCGGAAGUAACGGCCUUCAUAAACACGAAGUACGCGAACCCCGCAGAAGACCGCCCCGACAUCCAGCUGUUCUUCGGCGGAUUCCUAGCCGACUGCGCCAAGACCGGCAUGGUCGGAGAGAGGCUGGACAACGGCUCUCGCUCCAUACAGAUCAUACCGACGGUCCUGCGCCCCAAGAGCAGGGGGAAACUUGAGAUAUCAUCCGCAGAUCCUUAUGAAUAUCCCAAAAUAUAUGCAAACUACCUGACCCAUCCAGACGACGUCAAAACCCUAGUGGAAGGCAUUAAGUUCGCCAUCAAACUGUCGGAAACGACGGCUCUGAAGCGAUACGGACUGAAGCUGGACAAGACCCCAGUCAAGGGAUGCGAGAAACUAAAGUUUGGAUGUGAUGCAUACUGGGAGUGUGCAGUCAGGAUGCAGACGGGUCCUGAAAACCACCAAGCCGGCUCCUGCAGGAUGGGGCCGCGGGGCGAUCCCGGCGCAGUGGUCGACAACCUACUCCAGGUGCAAGGACUGGACCGGCUUCGCGUGGCGGACGCGAGCGUGAUGCCGAGUGUGACCUCGGGCAACACCAACGCGCCGGUCAUCAUGAUCGGGGAGCGCGCCGCCGACUUCAUCAAGGAGAGGUGGCUCGGCCUCGCGCAGGCUUCAUUCCCAGCGGCGGAGCACGGCGGAGUCUCCAACGUGUUAGCGUCCAGCGACGGAGAGCGACCGACCGUGCGCCCGAAAUGGGACUCAUAGUUUAUCAUAGUCUCGCGCUCACACUACCGCUUAUUGAACUGCCUAAGUACUGCUUGUAAUUACAAAUCCAUAACAAAUUUCAAUGGACGGAACAAAACUACCCAACUCGACGUAAAUGUGUUAUUACUCUGAGUGAACAGAGGUCUCUUGGAAAGAACACAUUGUGAUUAUAUCUGGCGCAGGCGUUCGAGUCAGUGUGAGAUGCGAGGUACUAAGUCACCUUGAGUGUGAUCGAAAUUUAUUGUACCAUUCACCUGAUAAUAUUAUUGUUAUAACAAUAUGAUACUACUACCUAUUAGUACUGUAAUGCUAUUGGUACGGACUCCAAGCCGUUACCCAGUGUACGCCGACCUAAAAUAUUCUGUUACUCCAGCAACAGAUUUUAAUAUGAUGGUUUCAUGUACAAGUAUAUUUCUGGGGCCAACUUCUCAUAGGCACUUCGCGGGCACACCAUUCUUUCACUGGUCACAACAUAGCACAAAAAAAUUAUCCCAGUGCUCUUGCGUAUGCGUUCUCAAGGGUCCACAGACAACUAAUGCGAACUGGGUACUCGUCACUGCGACUGGGACGUGGGCAUCGACGCCAUAAAAUCACAAACCUCCGACGCGUGGAAGAGACAACCGUACGUAAUGGCGCAAUGUUGGCGGCCGGCGAGUCCGACAUGUUGGCAGUGUUAAAUAGAAUGGACAGCAUCUCACUAACACGUUUGAACUCUCCAUCCACAAAUAUAAAACUAAACUUGUGGUAACGGACUACAAGUCGUCGCUGGGUUACACUGGAAGGUAGAACCUACAAGCUGCUCGUAGAUGCACUUGAAAUAAGCUGCUGCUGAAGACAUCAUGGUUCAUCGGACAAACUUACCAACGACAACCUGUCUUUAACGCAUUUUCAUUGUCAUGAACGAAAUCGACAAACUUAAAUCGUUGGUGGUAAGAAGCAGGGCAGCGACGACAGGAAAUUACAAGGGCGCAAAAUUGGGAGGCGGCGACCACGGCCCUUGGUAUCAUUUUGGUGCCUAGACGACAGUCGCCGAGCGCCCUCGAACGGCGCCACCGAAUUGACGCACGAUUUUAGUAAAAUAAGGAUUAUCUUGAUAUUAAGAUUUUGGUUCUUUCAUAAAUAGGAUCGGAAAGGAUAGGAAAGGAAAUUAUGUAGAUGCAUACAUGUACAUAUAUGUGUGCAUCUACAUAAUUUUACAUUAAUGAACGAUUUUAGGAUUCUAUAGAGAUUCUAUUAAAAACGCAAAGAACAUGAUUUUAUCUGAAUAUUAAAAAUCAAUUAAUAACAUUUUAUAGUUAAGUAUUAAACCAGACAAUUCGAUGUCACUUGUAAAAUAGGCUGAGAACAGAAGGGUGGAUGUAUUUAUUAUUUUUUUAAUAAAAUGAAUCUCAAAUUUUAA